CUGGGGCUAAGGUCCGAACACUUGGAGGCAGCACCAUCCAAGGAGUGGGUUGAAACAGCAGGAGCCCGGCCGGGCGCAGUGGCUCACGCCUGUAAUCCCAGCACUUUGGGAGGCCGAGGUGGGCGGAUCACCUGAGGUCAGGAGUUUGAGACCAGCCUGACCAACAUGGUGAAACCCCAUCUCUACUAAAAAUACAAAAAAAAUUAGCCGGGCGUUGUGGCGCGUGCCUGUAAUCCCAGCCACUCGGGAGGCUGAGGCAGGAGAAUCGCUUGAAUCCGGGAGAUGGAGGUUGCAGUGAGCCGAGAUCAUGCCACUGCACUCCAGCCUGGGCAACAAGAGCGAAACUCUGUCUCAAAAACAACAACAACAACAACAACAAAGAAAAAACAAAACGAAACAGCAGGAACCCGCCAAGAACAGCUUUGAAGGAAGGGAAGAUGGAAGAGUUGAGUCAAGCCCUGGCUAGUAGCUUUUCUGUGUCUCAAGAUCUGAACAGCACAGCUGCCCCACACCCCCGCCUAUCCCAGUACAAGUCCAAGUACAGUUCCUUGGAGCAGAGUGAGCGCCGCCGGCGGUUACUGGAACUGCAGAAAUCCAAGCGGCUGGAUUAUGUGAACCAUGCCAGAAGACUGGCUGAAGAUGACUGGACAGGGAUGGAGAGUGAGGAAGAAAAUAAGAAAGAUGAUGAAGAAAUGGACAUUGACACUGUCAAGAAGUUACCAAAACGCUAUGCUAAUCAAUUGAUGCUUUCUGAGUGGUUAAUUGACGUUCCUUCAGAUUUGGGGCAGGAAUGGAUUGUGGUCGUGUGCCCUGUUGGAAAAAGAGCCCUUAUCGUGGCCUCCAGGGGUUCUACCAGUGCCUACACCAAGAGUGGCUACUGUGUCAACAGGUUUUCUUCACUUCUGCCAGGAGGCAACAGGCGAAACUCAACAGCAAAAGACUACACCAUUCUAGAUUGCAUUUACAGUGAGGUAAACCAGACCUACUACGUUCUGGAUGUGAUGUGCUGGCGGGGACACCCUUUUUAUGAUUGCCAGACUGAUUUCCGAUUCUACUGGAUGCAUUCAAAGUUACCAGAAGAAGAAGGACUGGGAGAGAAAACCAAACUUAAUCCUUUUAAAUUUGUGGGGCUAAAGAACUUCCCUUGCACUCCCGAAAGCCUGUGUGAUGUGCUAUCUAUGGAUUUCCCUUUUGAGGUAGAUGGACUUCUCUUCUACCACAAACAGACCCACUACAGCCCCGGAAGCACUCCCUUAGUGGGCUGGCUGCGCCCCUACAUGGUGUCAGAUGUCCUUGGUGUAGCUGUGCCGGCUGGCCCGCUGACCACCAAGCCAGACUAUGCUGGGCACCAGCUCCAGCAGAUUAUGGAGCACAAGAAGAGCCAGAAGGAAGGCAUGAAGGAGAAACUCACACACAAGGCCUCUGAGAAUGGGCACUAUGAGUUGGAGCACCUGUCUACUCCCAAGUUGAAGGGUUCUUCCCAUAGCCCAGACCACCCUGGAUGCCUCAUGGAGAAUUAAAGAGAGAAGCCUCCUUAAGGAGCCACAGGAUGGUACCUGGCCCCAAAAGGAAUCCUGGAGAGGAGGACAGUGACAACAGGUGACUUCAUUCUUUAGAGUGAACUUUCCAAACCCAGUCCAGCUGGAAACAGCUUAUCUAUAAUCUGAAAUGCUGGCUCAAACAGUUAUGGGGAGGUUCCCAGAUUGCGUAGCAUUCAGAUUGAUUUGAGCAGCUCCUACUGUGAUAAGUGUAUCCCAGAUCCACAAUGUAAAUACAUGUGAUUAGUAAGAAAGAACUGGUUUGUGGUUCUUAAGCUUUAGAUAGCCAUGAAUCUCCCCUUCCCAUCUCAGUCCCCUGGGCUACUUCAACCAUGGCUGUUCAAGUCUUGGCCCAUUUCACUCUUUUUAGUACUCAAAGAUUCUGCUGAGUUUCCAGUUGCUGCUGCCGAAAGGUUUUACCAGGAACUGCAAUUCUGGGUAUUUGAAUAUGUUCCCUCUUCUGAGAAGACAAGUGUGAUUUUCUUUGGUUUAGACAUUGCCAGAGAUAAAAUGCAAAUGUAGUUCAUUCACUCCUUCAGCAAACAUUUGUGCCUACCAGGAGAUAAGCUUGUCCUAGGCCCCUGCCAAGUAGAGGGGUUAUGGAGGUGGACAGUACUUAGUCCCUGCCCUUGAGGAGCUCACACUCCUGUGAGAAAAGAAGCCCACCAGGACAGUUUGGGAGAAGAGGCUGGAGAGAGAUAGCAGGUUUUAGAUUUUGUGUCAUGGAUGAAGGGAGCUAAGAAAGAACUUUGAGCAGGCAAGGUCUCUUGAGAUUUGUGAACUAGAGCUCUUUGGCAGCUGUGAGAAUGGAAGAUUGUGUUGGAAACUGACUAAUUAGUUUCUGCUUUGUAUUCAGGAAAUGGAUCCCACUUCCUGUGGCUUCAGUCAGCUCCCACAUUGCUUCCCAUCUUUCUAGGACUCUGUCAUGGAUACAAGUACUUCACCAUUCCCUCCAGCAGCACUAGUGUCCUGUGGACAAAUUUUCACAGGGAUCCAGGUCAGCUCUUGUCUGACAUGCAGUGGUCCCUGCAUGUUGAUUAGUUCUGGGAACAGAUUCGGGCAGAGGUAGUAGUUAUUUGGAGCCUGAUUACACAACUUCAGUACAUCCAGUGGAACUAGUCUUAGUGUCGGCUCUUAGAGAGUUGCUCAAGCUGACCUUGUAAAAUUGGAAGACUCCCCGCUCCCACCCUCAUCCACUGAUGAUCCUGCUGGCUGCAGAUUCAAGCAUUUGCCUACAUCAAUAAGCUCUUUCCUGAAUUUAGGUCAAUUCUGUAAUAGGAACAUUGUGUUCCUCUUGCCAAGGAGCAUGUUUUAAGUGCCUAAACAUUUAGUCUCUGUUUGAUAAUUUUCUGAGUGCUCUAGUCUGUGCUAUCAGCAGCCAACCGUAUCAGUUCAGAAGCUAUGCAUGCUAGUGUCAAUAGUGACUUGGCCAUACUCUGUUCAGAAAUAAUCAGGUCUGGAAGGACUACUUCCCCAAAGGGUGCACACAGGCACUACAGGCACACACACUCUGGGGACAGCUGCAUGAAUCAAAGGAUAUAUCAGCCAAAAUUAUUAACAAUCACAACUUGAUUUUUUUUUUUUUAUUUUGGGAUAGAGUCUUGCUGUGUUGCCCAGGCUGGAGUGCAGUGGCACAGUCUCGGCUCACUGCAACCUCCGCCUCCCCAGUUCAGACGAUUCUCCUGCCUCACCCUCCUGAGUAGCUGGGAUUACAGGUGUGAGCCACUGCGCCCAGAGACUAUAACAGCUUUCAAUGAGGUCUGUGAAUCCUUGUGGCGAAUUAUAUAACCAGAGGGUAGUCUUAGGGUUCCCCAAACUUGCAACUGGUAUCCAAAGUAAUGGUAGUCUGUGGACUAUUCCCUGAGUUUGGGAAAUAUAUAUGUAAAUACAUAAGUGUGAUAAAAUAUUAUAAUCACUGUGAGAGCUGGCUGUAUGGAUGGGGAGGGCACAAAGAAUGGCUACUCUACCUGCAGAGGAAAAUGUUCAAACAGGUGUCUUUUGAAUGGAGUCCUUCAAAGACGAAUAGGUAUAUCCACCAGGUGAAUGAAGUCAGAGUGAGAGGGGAUGGUGUAGGGGAAAAGUAUGAAACAGAUGCAUUUAUACACAGAACUGUAAAACAGCAUCACUGAAAAGUAGGCAGCAAAGGAGGCAAGGUAAUUUAUGAGGCUGGAGAGAUAUACUAAGGUCAGGUCAUGAAUGAACUUGCAUGGCAGGAUGAGAAGCUUCACAUGUAUCUUGCAGUCAGUGGUACAUCCUUGAAGUAACAUGAUCAAACUUAUAUUUUUAGAAAGGAUCACUCUGCGAUGGCAGGGAUGGAUUCAAAGGGGAAAAGACUAGUGGCAGGGAAACUAGGUAGGAGGAUCUGGCAGUACCCUAUGAGAGAGAUGAUGAAGACCUGAAUUAAGGUUGUAGAGGAAAUGAAGAGAGAGGUGGGAAUUAAAGGACAUGAUGACUCACUAGCUGUGAAAUAUAAGAAAUGGAAUCAUCAUUGUGAUGAUUCCUAGAUUCCUAAUAUGGGUGACUGAGUGCCACUAACAAGGACAAGGAUCCCAGGAAAAGCACAGUUGAGGGGGAUUGAGGAGGAAAGGUAUUGAGUUCAGUUUGGGACAUGCUGAGUAUUAAGGUGACUGGAGAUGAAUGGCAAGUAGAUAGAUACAGGUCUGGAGGUAUCAGCACAUAGAUGGCAGCUGAAGUCAGGUAAGAAAAAGCUGGGGAAAUGUCCCUCAGAUUUGGAAAACAGGAGACCACUAGUCCUUUGAGAGGACUUGAAGUGGCAGGAACAGAAGCCAGGUUUCAGUAGGUUUAGACAUUAAUGAGAAAUGACCAAGUGGAGAAAUAGCAAAUGUGGAUAAAUCACUGCCAAACACAAGUGGAUUAGGGUGACACAAACUCUUCCAAUGCAGCCACUGGAACUCAGCAUGACUUUUCGCAGACUGUAAACCGGGCGCGGUGGCUCACGCCUGUAAUCCCAGCACUUUGGGAGACCAAGGUGGGAGGAGCACAAGGUCAGGAGAUCAAGAGCAUCUUGGUUAACAUGGUGAAACCCCGUCUCUACUAAAAAUACAAAAAAUUAGCUGAGUGUGGUGGCACAUGCCUGUAGUCUCAGCUACUCAGGAGGCUAAGGCAGGAGAAUCGCUUGAACCCAGGAGACAGAGGUUGCAGUGAGCCGAGAUCACGCCAUUGCACUCCAGCCUGGGUGACAGAGUGAGACUCAGUCUCAAAAAAAAAAAAUAAUAAUAAAAAAAAUAAAAAAAAAAGAUUGUAAAUACAUAGGUGUGGUAAAAUCACUGUGAGAGCUGGCAGUUUUUGUAACAACAAAAAAAGACAGAGUUAGAGAAAUACGACCAGGGGACACACUGCUAUUCAGUGAUCAAUAGAUAAUACUGGCUUCUUAGUUAAAAAUGUAAGGGGCACUCUGAGAUAGGUCCUUCAAGCUACCAUUCAAAAAUAUCAAGUUGUGCUUGUUGAUUAUUUUGGCUGAUAUAUCCUUUGAUUCAAUAAGACUGCUUAUUCUGGAUCUACUGGUUGAAAACCCUGGUCUUUUCUAGGUGCAUGGGUUCCAGCAGUACUUGAGAUAAAAUAGGUGAUCUCAAAUAGUGGUUCUUUGCUAACUCAUGCUAAGCUGGCCCUCCUGCCAAGGCAAGCAAGGUAGGCCAUGGCAAUAGUAUCAGUUAGGGACCGUGUGAUGGCUCACGUCUGUAAUCCCACACUCUAGGAAGCCAAGAUGGGUGGAUCACUUGAGCCCAGGAGUUCAAGACCAGCCCGGGCUACAUGGCGAAACCCCGUCUCUACAAAAAAUACAAAAAUAGCCAGGCGUGCUGGCUGUAGUCCCAGCUACUUGGGAGCUGAGGUGGGAGGAGAAUGUGAUUGGCCCAUCUUGAGUUAUGAACCUGACACUUGACUAAGGGAGGGCAAUUAUCCCAGACUAUAGCAUCACUCAAAUAUAUUGCAUGGGAAGAUGACUCUACAAUAAAAAGAAACUGGGUGCUGGGCGCAGUGGCUCACGCCUGUAGUCCCAGCACUUUGGGAGCCCAAGGCAGGUGGAUCACCUGAGGUCGGGAGUUCGAGACCAGCCUGACCAACAUGGAGAGACCAGCCUGACUGUCUCUACUAAAAAUACAAAAUUAGUGGGGCGUGGUGGUGCAUGCCUAUAAUCCCAGCUACUUGGGAGGCUAAGGUAGGAGAAUCAACCCAGGAGGCAGAGGUUGUGGUGAGCCAAGACUGCGCCAUUGCACUCCAUGCCUGGGAAAUAAAAGUGAAACUCCGUCUCAAAAAAAGAAAAGAAAAGAAAAGAAACAAACAAAAAAAAAGAAACUGGGUGCUGUUUAGAGGGCUGGCUAGAAAACUAAUAUGCAGUCAUAGCAACCUAUAACACAACCAUCUUUUUUUUUUUUUUCCUUUUUUGAGACAGGGGCUCACCCUGUUGCUCAGGCUGGAGUACAGUGGUGCAAUAAUAGCUUACUGCAGCCUUGACCUCCCAGUGAUCCUCCUGCUUCAGCCUCUCAAGUAGCUGGGAUUACAGGCAUGAGCCACCACGCCUGGCUAAUUUUUGUAUUUUUUUUUAGAGACAAGGUUUCGCCAUGUUGCCCAGGCUGGUCUCAAACUCCUGAGCUCAAGUGAUCUGCCCACCUUAGCCUCUCAAAGUGCUGGGAUUACAGGCAUGAGCCACCAUGCCCAGCCAACACAACCAUCUUUAAAACAGGUGGCAAGAGGUAGUUUGAUAAUCCCUAAAGAAAUAUGACCAGGUGGAGGCCAGGCGCGGUGGCUUAUGCCUGUAAUCCCAGCACUCUGGGAGGCCGAGGCGGGCGGAUCACGAGGUCAGGAGAUCGAGACCAUCCUGGCUAACACGGUGAAAACCCAUCUCUACUAAAAAUACAAAAAAUUAGCCGGGCGUGGUAGCGGGCACCUGUAGUCCCAGAUGUUCGGGAGGUUGAGGCAGGAGAAUGGCAUGAACCUGGGAGGCGGAGCUUGUGGUGAGCCGAGAUCAGGCCACUGCACUCCAGCCUGGGCGACAUAGCAAGACUCCGUCUCAAAAAGAAAAAAAAAAAUGUAAGGGGCACUCUGAAAUAGGUCCUUCAAGCUAGCAUUCAAAAAUAUCAAGAUGUGGGCCGGGCGCAGUGGCUCAUGCCUGUAAUCCCAGUGCUUUGGGAGGCCGAGGCGGGUGGAUCAUGAGGUCAGGAGUUCGAGACCAGCCUGGCCAACAUGGUGAAACCCUGUCUCUACUAAAAAUUUAAAAAAAUUAGCUGGACAUGGUGGCGGGUGCCUGUAGUCUCUGUAGCUGACCACUGCAUGUCAGCUACUUGGGAGGCUGAGGCAGGAGAAUGGUGUGAACCCGGGAGGCAGAGGUUGCAGUGAGCCGAGAUCGCGCCACUGCACUCCAGCCUGGGUGACAGAGCGAGACUCCGUCUCAAAAAAAAAAAAAAAAAGCUGUUAUGGUCACAAUCACAGUUUAAUCACAGUGAAAGGAAACAGAGUAAAGUCGGCCAAGGGAAGAGAUGCAUGGAGCAGAAAGCAGGAAAGUUCCAAAUGCAGAGCUCCCAGUGGAAUCAUGGACAGAGUUAAUUUUCCCAGUAUGUGUAACAAUACUCACAGAGUAUUGCCAAUCAGGCAGUCUCACCUGAGCUUUGAUGUCCAAAGUUUUUUUUGUCUUGUUGUUGUUUUGAGAUGGAGUCUUGCUCUGUGGCCCAGGCUGGAGUGCAGUGGCACAAUCUUGGCUCACUGCAACCUCCACCUCCUGGGUUCAAGUGAUUCUCCUGCCUCAGCCUCCCAAGUAGCUGGAAUUACAGGCAUCUGCCACCACGUCCAGCUAAUUUUUGUAUUUUAAGUGGAGACAGGGUUUCCCCCAUGUUGGCCAGGCUGGUCUUGAACUCCUGACCUCAGGUGAUCUGCCCACCUUGGCCUCCCAAAGUGCUGGGAUUACAGGCAUGAGCCACCGCGUCUGGCUGGAAUGAUGUCUAAAAUUUUUAUUGGGGCUCAGUCAUGUGGACCUGAUUGUCUGCCCAUGUGACUGACCUCAGUCUCCAGCCCCUCCAGAAGUCUACCUGAUAAAGUGUGAUCCAAAGUUUUCCCUCCUCCCUCAUCACAUUGCUAAACUAUCUGGUACGCCCCAAAGACUUCUGCCUAAAUCACAUUGUUAGACUGUCCAGUGUGGCCUAAGGUCUGCCUCCUGGUAAACAAAGAUACUUUUAUCAGGCAAGACAUUCCAAGGGCUUAGAGCUUACCUCCCAGGAGCGAAGGGCAAAGGCCAGAACUCUCUUUGCAAGGUUAAGUUCUUUACUACAUACUCCUUCUAUUAGCUAGCAAGUUCCAUGAGGUCAUGAACCUGGUCUUCCUCAUCUUUAGGUCCCCAGUGCCUGGCAUUAUGCUUGGCACUUGUUACGUCAAUAACUUUUAGUUGAGUGAAUGAAGAAAUACUAAGGUGGAAUGAGAAUGCACCCUGGAGGAGAGCCCCUCCUCUCUGCUGCUGCACAGAGGAGUGACCUUGCUGAGAAAGCUGAAUGGAGGUGUGUGGCAAGCUGCUAACAGGUGCUUGGAUAUGCUGCAGACUUUUAGGAACAAGAACUAUAUUUAGUUCUGUGUACGUGAUUAAAAGGAUAGCUUAAAAACUAACUUUGUACAUUGGAAAAGGGAAAGGCAAUCACCCUAGCUGUCCUUUCUAAUAAAGAAAUGAGACUGGGCAUGGUGGUUCACACCUAUAAUCCCAGUGCUUUGGGAGGCCAAGGCAGGAGGAUUUCUUGAGGCCAGGAGUUCCAGACCAGCCUGGCCAACAGAGCGAGACCUUGUCUCUACAAAAAAUUUAAAAAUUAGCUGGGCAUGGUGAUAUGUGCCUGUAGUCCUAGCUGCUUGGAAGGCUGAGGUAGGAGGAUCUCCUAUGGCCAGGAGUUAGAGCUGCAAUUAGCUAUAAUUAUACCAUUGCACUCUAUAUAGAUAGAUAUUUUUUAGAGAUGGGUUCUCAACUACAUUGCCCAGGCUGGUCUUGAACACCUGGGCUCAAGCAAUUCUCCCAUCUCGGCCUCCUGAGUGUCUGGGGCUACAGACGUGCACCACUGUGCCCACCUUUCUUUCUUUUGGCAGGGUGGGGUGAAUCUUUUAUAGCCAAAUCAUCUUUUUUUUUUUUUUGAGAUGGAGUCUUGCUCUGUAGCCCAGGCUGGAUUGCAAUGGUGCAAUCUUGGCUCACUACAACCUCCGCCUCCCGGGUUCAAGCAAUUCUCCUGCCUCAGUCUCCUGAGUAGCUGGGAUUACAGGCACGCGCCACCACGCCCAGCUAAUUUUUGUAUUUUUAGUAGAGAUGGGGUUUCACCACAUUGGUCAAGCUGGUCUCGAACUCCUGACCUCGUGAUCCACCCGCCUCAGCCUCCCAAAGUGCUGGGAUUACAGGCGUGAGCCACCGCGCCCAGCCUUAAAUCAUCUUUAUAGCACAACACAAGUCUCUUUUAUAGGCAGUAGAAAUUUUGGAGCAAUGUUUGAGAGGAGCUUUGGAUUUUAGAAAUAAAAGUGUUUGGUGGAGAAGGUUAUAAAAUUCCACCUCCAGCAUUGGAAGUAUGUCUAUUCUUAAACCCAAAUAAAUACAACAAAAGAGAGGGGAAAAUGGUAAGAUAUGUCUCAUAGAUAAGGUGGCCAUCUUCCUUGAUUCAGUCAUUCAACACAUUUAUCAAGGGAUUGCCUACUAUGUUCUAGGUUCUAGAUGCUGGGAGUUCAGGGGCCAACAGGACAGAUGUGGUUCCUGCCGUCCUGAAGCUUACAAUCUAGUAAGGCACACAAACACUAGGCCAAUGAAUGUAGAAACAAGUGCAUAAUUACAAAUUGUGAUCAGCUCUCUGAUCUGACGAAUAAAAGGGUGCUAUGAGUCUCAGAAAGUGCAGUUCAGUUUAGGGAGUAAUCAAGGAAGAUCUUGCUGGGGAAGUGACUUUUGAGCUGAGACCUUAAGGAUGAAUCAGAUAUGUCUGGUGAAGAAGGUGCUGGGAGGGGAGGAUAAGCUUUCUAGACAGAGACCUGAAACUUAUGCUAUUUUUUUUCUUUCUCUUUUUCUUUUUUGUGGGUACAUCACAUAGUAGAUGUAUAUAUUUAUGGGUCACAUGAGAUAUUUUCAUACAGGCAUGCAACGCAUAAUAAUCACAUCAAGGUAAAUGGGGUAUCCAUCCCAGGCAUUUAUCCUUUGUGUUACAAACAAUCCAAUUAUAUUCUUAAUUAUUUUGAAAUGUACGAUUAAAUUAUUUUGUACUAUAGUCACCCUGUUGUGCUAGCAAAUACACCUUACUCAUUUUUUUUUUUUAAUUUGAGACAGGGUCUCACUCUGUCACCCAGGCUGGAGUGCAGUGGCGUGAUCUCAGCUCACUGCAACCUCUGCCUCCCAGGCUCAAGUGAUCUUUUUUGUAUUUUUAGUAGAGACAGAGUCUUGCCAUGUUGCCUAGGCUGGUCUCAAAUUCCUGAGCUCAAGCCAUCCACUUGCCUUGGCCUCCCAAAGUGCAAGGAUUAUAGGCAUGAGCCAUUGCACCUGGCUCUUAUUCAUUCUUUCUAUUUUUCUGUACCCAUUAACCAUCCCCACUUCUCCCUCACCCCCCACUACCCUUCCCAUCCUCUGGUUACCAUCCUUCUACUCUUUAUCUCCAUGAGUUCAAUUAUUUUAAUUUUUAGCUCCUACAAAAUAAGUGAGAACAUGGGAAGUUUGUCUUUCUGUGCCUGGCUUAUUUCACUUAACAUAAUGACCUUCAGUUCCAUCCAUGUUGUUGCAAAUGACAGGAUCUCUCUUUUUUUUUUUUUUUUUUGAGACAGAGUCUCACUCUGUCACCCAGUCUGGAGUGCAGUGGCACAAUCUUGGCUCACUGCAACCUCUGCCUCCCAGGUUCAAGCGAUUCUCAUGCCUCAGCCUCCCGAGUAGCUGGGAUUACAGGUAUGCGCCACCACACCCGGCUAAUUUUUGUAUUUUUAGUAUUUUUUUAAACAGAGACAGGGUUUCAUCAUGUUGGCUAGGCUGGUCUUCAACCCCUGGCCUCAAGUGAUCUGCCCCUCGGCCUCCCAAAGUGCUGAAAUUAUAGGCGUGAGUCACUGUACCCGGCCUCAUUCUUUUUUAUGACUUAAUAGUUCUCCAUUGUGUAUCUGUGCCACAUUUUCUUUAUCCAUUUAUAUGUUGUUGAACACUUAGGCUGCUUCCAAAUUUUAGCUAUUGUGAAUAGUGCAGCAGUAAACAUGGGAGUGCAGAUGUCUCUUCAACAUACUGAUUUCAUUUCUUUGGGGUAUAUACCUAGGAGUGGGAUGGGUAGCUUUAUUUUUGGCUUUUUCUUUUCUUUCCUCCCCUCCCUCUCCCCUUCCCUCCCACUCCCCUCUCUUCCCCUCCCCUUCCUUCCCCUCCUCCCUCCCCUUUUCCUCCUCUCCCCCCUCCCCUCCCCUUUCCUUCCCUCCCCUCCCCUUUUCCUCCCCUCCCCUUUUCCUCCCUUCCCCUUCCUUCCCCCCCUCCCCUCCCCUCACCCCUCUUUUCCCCUACACCUUCCCUCGCUUCCCUUCCCCUCCCCUCUCCUCCCUUUUCAACAAGGUCUGACUCUCUUGCCCAGGCUGGAGUGCAGUGGUGUAAUCACAGUUCACUGCAGCCUUUAUUUCCCAGGCUCAAGUGAUCCUCACACCUCAGCCUCCCAAGUACCUGGGACUACAGGUGUGCAUCACUACUCCUAGCUGAUUUUCUUUAUAUUUUGUACAGAUGAGGUCUCACUGUGUUGCCCAGCCUGGACUCAAACUCCUGGAAUCUUGGACUCAAGUGAUCUUCCUGCCUUAGCCUCCAGGCAUGAGCCACCUCACCUGGCUAUAUUUUUAGGUUUUCUUUAGGAACCUCCAAAUUGUUCUCCAUAGUGGUUGUACUAAUUUAUAUUCCCACCAAAAGUAUAUGAGGGUUCCCUAUUCUCCACAUCCUUGCCAGCAUUUGUUAUUGCCUGUCUUUUGGAUAAAAACCAUUUUAACUGGGGUGAGAUGGUAUCUCAUUGUAAUUUUAUUUCAUUUUAUUUAUUUAUUUAUUUUGAGAUAGAGUCUCACUCUGUUGCCCAGGCUGGAGUGCAGUGGCGCAAUCUGCCUUCCGGGUUCAAGCGAUUCUCCUGUUUCAGCCUCCUGAGUAGCUGGGAUUACAGGUGUGCGCCAGUGUGCCCUGCUAAUAUUUGUAUUUUUAGUAGAGACGAGGUUUCACCAUGUUGGCCAGGCUGGUCUUGAACUCCUGACCUCAAGUGAUCCACCCGCCUCAGCCUCCCAAAGUGCUGAGAUUAAAGGCAUGAGCCACCAUGCCUGGCCUCAUUGUAGUUUCGAUUUGCAUUUCUCUGAUGAUCAGUGAAGUUAAGCAUCUGUUUAUAUGCCUGUUGAGAUUUAAAUGUCUUAUUUUAUAAAAUGUCUGUUCUGGGCUGGGUGUGGGUGCCUAGAAGAAAACCUAGGCAAUACCAUUCAGGACAUAGGCGUGGGCAAGGACUUCAUGACUAAAACACCAAAAGCAGUGGCAACAAAAGCCCAAAAUAGACAAAUGGGAUUUAAUUAAACUAAAGAACUUCUGCACAGCAAAAGAAACUACCAUCAGAGUGAACAGGCAACUUACAGAAUGGGAGAAAAUUUUUGCAAUCUACCCAUCUGACAAAGGGUUAAUAUUCGGAAUCUACAAAGAACUUAAACAAAUUUACAAGAAAAAAUCAAACAACCCCAUCAAAAAGUGGGCAAAGGAUAUGAACAGACACUUCUCAAAAGAAGACAUUUAUGCAGCCAACAGACACAUGAAAAAAUGCUCGUCAUCAUUGGUCAUCAGAGAAAUGCAAAUCAAAACCACAAUGAGAUACCAUCUCACACCAGUUAGAAUGGCAAUCAUUAAAAAGUCAGGAAACAACAGAUGCUGGAGAGGAUGUGGAGAAAUAGGAACUCUUUUACACUGUUGGUGGGAGUGUAAACUAGUUCAACCAUUGUGGAAGACAGUGUGGCAAUUCCUCAAGGAUCUAGAACUAGAAAUAUGAUUUGACCCAGCGAUCCCAUUACUGGGUAUAUACCCAAAGGAUUAUGAAUCAUGCUACUAUAAAGACACGUGCACAUGUAUGUUUAUUGCGGCACUAUUCACAAUAGCAAAGACUUGGAACCAACCCAAAUGUCCAUUAGUGAUAGACUGGAUUAAGAAAAUGAGGCACAUAUACACCAUGGAAUACUAUGCAGCCAUAAAAAAGGAUGAGUUCAUGUCCUUUGUAGGGACAUGGAUGAAGCUGGAAACCAUCAUUCUCAGCAAACUAUCGCAAGGAUAGAAAACCAAACACCAAAUGUUCUCACUCAUAGAUGGGAAUUGAACAAUGAGAACACUUGGACACAGGGUGGGGAACAUCAAACAGCGGGGCCGGUCAUGGGGAGGGAUAGCAUUAGGAGAUAUACCUAAUGUAAAUGACGAGUUAAUGGGUGCAGCACACCAACAUGACACAUGUAUACAUAUGUAACAACCGUGCACAUUGUGCACAUGUACCCUAGAACUUAAAGUAUAAUAAUAAUUAAAAAAAUUAGCCAGAUGUGGUGGUGCACACCUGUAAUCCCAGCUACUUGAGAGGCUGAGGCAGGAGAAUUGCUUGAAACGAGGGGGCAGAGGAUGCAGUGGGCUGAGAUCGUGCCAUUGCACUCCAGCUGAGGUGACAGAGUGACACUCUGCCUCAAAAAAAAUAAAACGCAAGGAGGGGCCAGGCGUGGUGGUUCACGCCUGUAAUCCCAGCUACUUGAGAGGCUGAGGCACAAGAAUCACCUGAGCCAGGGAAGUAGAAGUUGCAGUGAGCCAAGAUCGUGCCACUGCACUCCAGCCUGGGUAACAGAGCGAGACUCCAUCUCAAACAAAAGAAAAACAGCUGGGUGCGGUGGCUCACGCCUGUAGUCCCAGCACUUCGGGAGGCCGAGGUGGAUGGAUGACAAGGUCAGGAGUUCACGACCAGUCUGGCCAACAUGGUGAAAACCCAUCUCUACUAAAAAUACAAAAAUUAGCUGGGCGUAGUGGCAGGCGCCUGUAAUCCCAACUACUCGGGAGUCUGAGGCAGAGAAUUGCUUGAACCCAGGAGGCGGAAGUUGCAGUGAGCCGAGACCGCACCACUGUACUCCAGCCUGAGCAACACAGCAAGACUCCAUCUCAGAAAAAAAAAAAAAAAGUAAGGAGGCUGUAUCAAUGCAUCUAGUAUAUAUGCUUUUUGUAAAAUAAGGAUCAUAGUUUCACCUUUCUUAUACUAUUAUGGUGAGAGUAAAUCAAUGAAAGUCAUUUAGAACAAUGUGUGGGGUAAAUGUAAGGACACAAUAAAUGUCAACCUAUUAUUUCAGUG